AUGAAAGAUUCUAUAAAACAACAACAGACUAUAAGUAACAUAUCGGCAACGACACCAACAACUUCUAUAAAUCCAACACACCAUAAAUUAAUUGAAAUAUUAAGUGGAAGUGGAGCAGGUAUCAUAACAUCAUUGUUGACGACUCCAUUGGAUGUUUUAAAGAUCACUCUGCAAGUACAAACACAAUCACAGAGUGUCAUUAGUACGACAAAAAGUUUUAUUGAAUCGGGAGGAAUCGGAUCACUGUACACUGGAUUAAAACCAACUCUUAUAGGCAGUGUGACGACAUGGGCAAUCUAUUUCACAACCUACUCGUCACUCAAAACCAAUAUAUCGAAAUACUUGGACUGCGACAUCAACUCUCCCAGUCUCCUAGUAUUCUCGGCUAUGGCCGCAGGUGCAAAUACAAGUAUAUUAACUGCCCCAAUUUGGGUUAUAAGAACUAGAUUAAUUACACAAGAAAUGUCAGGAAGACAAAAAAAUUAUAAUGGUAUGACACAUGCAUUUGUAAAAAUAAUGAAAGAAGAGGGAGCAGCUGGAUUAUAUUCUCAUGGCAUCGUCAUUGUCCAAGAUCAUAGCCAGCAUGGUGGCCUAUCCCCACGAGGUACUCAGAUCACAUGUCUUCUACUCUUAAGAGACAAAAAUAUAACUCAAUAUUUAUAA